CCUCACAUGACCGAGCGGGGCCGGGCCGGGCCGGGAUGGGGCAGCGCGAUCGGAUGUUCAAGGUGCUGGUGGUGGGGGACGCCACGGUGGGCAAGACCUCGCUGGUGCAGCGCUACGCCAACGACAGCUUCAACCGGCACUACAAAUCCACCGUGGGAGUGGAUUUUGCGCUGAAGGUGGUUCAGUGGUCGGAGUCGGAGACGGUUCGGCUGCAGCUCUGGGACAUCGCAGGGCAGGAGCGUUUCACGUCCAUGACACGCCUGUACUACCGCGAGGCCGCGGCGUGCCUGGUGAUGUUCGAUGUCACCAACGCCGCCUCCUUCGGCAACAGCCAGCGCUGGAAGCACGACCUGGACACCAAAGUGACACUGCCCGACGGGAGCGCCGUGCCCUGCCUGCUGCUGGCCAACAAGUGUGACCUCUCCCCGUGGGCAGUGAGCAGGGAAGAAAUCGAUCGCUUCAGCAAAGAAAAUGGAUUUGCAGGAUGGGUGGAGACGUCUGUGAAGGAAAACAAGAACAUCAACGAGUCCAUGAGGGUUCUGAUUGAGAAGAUGAUGUCCUCAUCCUUGGGAGAUGGAAGCUCCUCCUCUGCUGGGACUGGGGAUUACAUCAACAUCAAGGAGAGCUCUCCUCCAGGCUGGGCCUGCUGCUGAAGCCACUGACACUCCCUGCCCCGGGGUCCAGCACUGAGGGGCUUCUUCUCUUCAUCACCAUCAUCAUCAUCAUCAUCAUCACCACCUUUCCCUACGCUCUCACUGGUUUGGGGUUUUUCCCCCGUGAUUUUGAACUUGCCUCCUGCUCAGUGACAAUUCCCUGGGAGUGAGGAAUGGGAGGAAGAGGAGUGGGAAGAUUCCUCUUUCUUCCUUCGUGCUCUGCUGGAGCACAAUCCAUGUCCAAGCAGUGCCUUGGAUCACACUGAAUUUUUUAAAUUUUCGAGCACUUCCUCCUCUGGCAGUGCUGCCCUGUCCCAGGCAGGGCUGUCAGAGGGAUUUUUUACCUUCCUGCACCUUUCCCCCCUCCUUGGGGACAUUUGGGGACACACCCCGAGCCUGUGGGUCAUUCCCAGCUGUGGGACUGCAGCCAGUGAUGGAUCUGUGUCCUGGAGGGAGCAGCACAUCCCAGCACUGCCACCAAAACCCCGAGGACACGGAACUGGAGCUGGAUCAGCACCGAAAUCCUGGGAGCUGAAUUUGGGAGCUGGAUCAGCACUGAAAUCCUGGGAAUUUGGGAGCUGGAUCAGCACUGAAAUCCCAGGGGCUGAAUUUGGGAGCUGGAUCAGCACUGAAAUCCUGGGAUUUUGGGAGCUGGAUCAGCACUGAAAUCCCAGGGGGCUGAAUUUGAGAGUUGGAUCAGCAGUGAAAUCCCAGGGGCUGAAUUUGGGAGCUGGAUCAGCCCUGAAAUCCUGGGAAUUUGGGAGCUGGAUCAGCACUGAAAUCCUGGGAAUUUGGGAGCUGGAUCAGCACUGAAAUCCUGGGAAUUUGGGAGCUGGAUCAGCACUGAAAUCUUGGGGGGCUGAAUUUGGGAGCUGCAGCAGCACUGAAAUCCCAGGGGCUGAAUUUGGGAGCUGGAUCAGCACUGAAAUCCCAGGGGGGUGAAUUUGGGAGCUGGAUCAGCACUGAAAUCCCGGGAAUUUGGGAGCUGGAUCAGCACUGAAAUCCCAGGGGCUGAAUUUGGGAGCUGGAUCAGCACUGAAAUCCCAGGGGCUGAAUUUGGGAGCUGCACCAGCACAGCCCUCACCCCCCUGGGCUCUGCCUGCGGGGCAGAAACCCCAAAAUUCAGUCAGGAAUCAUUUCUGCCCUUCCUUUUCACCCCUGUGCCUGGCAGGGCCCUUUUCUCCUGCUUUAUUGGGUGAGGAGGGGGCUGUAAAAUCCCCUUUGUGUGGCCCCACAAGGGCCCUUUGCACUUUUGGGACAGCCUCCACCUUCUUAUCCCAAAGAGUUUUUGGCAAUUGCUGCUGAAAUUCCCUUCCCCUGCAGCCAGGAGGGGAUUUGGGGUAGGAAACAGCUCCCUAAAAAACCCCCCUGCUGUUUUAGUGGGGCUGGAGGAGAGGAGGAGGAGGAGGAAAAAACUUUUUGGGAUGAAAGGAAAGGAAGGAACCACUCCCCAUUUCCCUUUGGUGCCGCUUUCCCCCAGAUAUUCGCGGUGGAGAGCAAUUCUGGCCAAAAAAAAAUGGUAUAAAUGGAGGAGAAUUUAUAGGAAAUUUGCAUUUCAGGGCUGGGGUUUUGUGUGGUUAAUUCUGGAUUUUUCUAUUCCGUGUUUCACUGGUGGUGCACAAUCACCCUGCUCAUGUUUUGGGUUUGGAUUUCAGCAAAAGGCCUUUGCUAAUUGGGUUUUUUUUUUAUUUCCUUGAGUGAUUUAAGUGGAAAACAGGACUAGAAAUGGCUGUGUCCUGCUUUCUGCUGAAUUAGGACUUUGCUCUGGCAAAUUAUUCCUCCUGCCUGUCUUGUAUAGAGGGAGGAGUUGGUAAAACAGGCACUGAUUCACUAAAAAAUCUGAGUUUUCAUUCUCUGGAGCUGAAAAGAAUUUCAAACUCAACAGUGAGGGUUAAGAAAUUUAGAAUUACUUGCACUCCACUGUUUUAAGGAAAAGCUGAAAUACCUGGGCUAGGGUUCUGCUGUGCAAAUAUUGCCAAAUUUGGGGUUAGUGGUGCUUAAAAAUACCUUUUUCUGCACCCUUGGUUAGCAACAAAUUUGAAGUGCCUUGCUGAAUUUUACUUCAUUGUCUUAAAAACAAAAAAAAGAAGAAAAAAUGGCUUUUAAUCCUAUAAAUAUUUAAUCCUAGAAAUAUUUCUAGUUUUUUGUAGAAAGUGAAAGAAGUGCCUAAUUUUUUUAAAGGAGCUGUCACGAAAGCCCUUUAGGAUUCAGGUGUUAUUUGUUGAUUUUUUGUACUUGCACCUUAAAGUGUUUCUGCAGAGAGCUCUCCUUAGAGGUGGAAAAUCCUGCCCAGGCCCCACUCACUGCUCAGAGCAGCUGAAAAUUCCCAAUUUUUGCUCCAGAAUCCUGGAAUGGUUUGGGUGGGGAGGAUUUUUAAGGUCCCCCAGUGCCACCCCAGCCACGGGCAGGGACAUUUCCACUGUCCCAGGGGUCCUGGGGCAGCCCCAUUCCUUUGGAUGGAUUCCUCACAAGGAAUUUGGGGAAUUCUGCAGGAAAAUUUUGUUCCAUCUUCACUUUGAUACCUCCCAGUGCCUCUUUGGAGCCUGCACCUCUUCCUCUAAAAGUGCCUCCAAGAAUCCACCAAAAUCCCAAAGGAGUUUUUUUUUUAAAAAUCUAUUUCACUAAAAUUAUUUCUAUUUCUAUUUCUAUUUCUAUUUCUAUUUCUAUUUCUAUUUCUAUUUCUAUUUCUAUUUCUAUUUCUAUUUCUAUUUCUAUUUCUAUUUCUAUUUCUAUUUCUAUUUCUAUUUCUAUUUCUAUUUCUAUUUCUAUUUCUAUUUCUUAUUUCUAUUUCAUUUCUAUUUCUAUUUUUUAAAUUUCUAUUUCACAGCAUUUCCGUGCUGCCCAUCGGUUUCCAGUCCAAGGGGUUUUUUUUCCACAUUUACUGUUUCUAACAGCUGAAAAAAAGUUAAAUACAACCCCCCACAAGCUGCACAAAAGGAAGAGUCGUUGCUUGAGCUGUUGUAAAACCCCAAGCAGACAGGAAAGCGAUUUUCCUGGGCAGCUGGGAGUGUUUGCAGAGACCUCCCUGUGCUUAAAAAAUGCCAAAAAAACCCCAAAACUGCCCCUCAAUAAAUCAGAUUCCAAACCCCCAUCCAGGGGCUGUGCCCAGCUUGUGCCAGCUGAAAUAAUUCAGGUUUUAGACAGCAAGGGGAGAGCCAAGAAAUGCCUUAAUUGAACUCCUGUUGAUGUGGGUGGGUAAAAACCUGAAUAUUUCAAAUAGGAAGCAGAAAUUGUCUUUAUUCUGUUCACUCGUGGCCUCCUCAGGAAUGAGCAGCUGGGGAAAUAAAGGAAUUUAUUUUUCCCUGUGCCCUCUGUGUGACUCUGGGGCGACUUUUCCCGUUCCCUUCUCGUUUCUCCUUCCUGGAAUUUCAAUUUGUGGAUUCCAAGGUGAAUUUUGGGAAUUGGUGGCUGCACUCUGUGAGGCCACACACCUGGAGGAUUUCUCUGCAGCUUCAAUAAGUCAAAAAUAUCAAAAUUUAGCUUUUUUUUUAAAAUUUCUUGCUGUUAAACAGGAGUAUUUUAGAGGCAGGGUCCUGACUGUUGUAAAAUUCAGUGUUAUGGUUGUGCCAAGAGGAAAAAGUGGAUUUUAAUCCACGUCAGGCAGUCAGUGGGGCAGCAUUGCAACGGUUUGAAAUAAAAAUUUGACAUUUCUCA